AUGUUGCGCCAGUCUGUUUUGAGGCAGAUUAGCUAUGCCUCGGGAGCCAGAUCUUUGUCUGUGUCGGCCCGCUAUAGCAACAAAGCCAAGUCGCCCUUGGAGGUUUUUUUCCAAACCUUCAAAGAAGAAGUCAAGAAAUCCAAUGAGCUCAAAGACAACAUUAAGGCUUUGCAGGAUGAGACGGGAAGAGUGGCCGAAAGUGAGGCUUUUAAGAAGGCGAAGGAGGCGUAUGACAGAGCCCAAAAGGGAAGCUCGGCUGCCGGCAAAAUGGCCAAGAAAACCGCUGAAGCCGUUGGUGAUGUAGCUCAGAAAGCGUGGGAGUCUCCGGUCGGAAAAGGUGUGAGAUAUACUGUGAAGACCAGUGCCGAGGCUGCCGAUAAGGCUUUUGAGCCUGUCAGAAAAACCCAGGUGUACAAGGAUGUGAGUAACGUUAUUGAUGAUGGCUCAUCCACAGCAUACGGAGGGUUUUUGACCAAGGAACAACGAGAAGCCUUGAGAAAGAAGGAGCUAGAGGAAAGAUUAAAGAGCGGGAAAGUUUGGAAACCGGUGAAGGAAAAUGAAGAAGCAGGGGGCGCUUUGAUAGCCACUGACAUCAAACCAACAGGGCCCACGAUGGGCGAGAAAUGGGAACAAUUCAAGCUUCGGUCACCUAUUGGUCGUGGUAUAGUCUUAUUGAAGGAGAAAUGGGACGAGUCAGAAAACGGCUUAAUCUCGCUCGUGAGAACCAUUGUCGAAAAAGUGACUGGUUUCUUCUCCGAGACAGAACAAGCCAAGGUGAUCAAGCAAUUCAAACUCAUGGACCCAACUUUCCGUGUUACUGACUUCACCAGAACUUUGACCAACUACAUAGUUCCAGAGUUGUUGGAUGCUUACAUCAAAAACGACGAAGCGGUAUUGAAGCAAUGGCUCAGUGAAGCUCCUUUCAAUGUUUGGCAAGCUAACAACAAACAGUUUGUUCAACAAGGUUUGUUUUCUGACUCAAAGAUAUUGGAUAUCAGAGGGGUUGAUAUUGUCACUUGCAAGAGCUUGCAACCCAAUGACGUUCCUGUCAUCGUUGUUAGUUGCCGUGCUCAAGAAAUCCAUUUGUUCAGAAAGGCAAAGACCGGAGAGAUUGCUGCUGGUACAGAAGACCACAUCCAAAUGAGUACAUAUGCUAUGGUCUUCACCCGUAUCCCAGAAGAGAUGGGCAACGACGUUACUGAGGGCUGGAAAGUCAUUGAAUUUGCCCGUGGAGGCUCGAGACCUUUCCACUAA